AUGAAGGAGAACCAACUAUUAGUUUUCACAUUAUCCGCAGUUGGAACUGGAUUCUGUGUUGGUAUUUUUCUCAGACAAUUUGAUUUAUCAGAUGGAGUUAGAAAUCUCGUAGGGUUCCCAGGAGAAAUAUUUAUGCAAGUCCUGAAAUUAAUGGUUCUACCACUAAUCUUCUCAUCAUUGAUUUCAUCUCUCGGCCAAAUGGAUGCUUCGAAAUCGGGUAAAAUGAGUCUGAUUGCGGUCUCAUACUAUCUGACUACUGUAAUUAUCGCCUGCUUCAUUGCCAUGAUCAUCGCUUUUCUAUUCCAUCCGGGAAAUCCUGAAUUGAAAAAACAAAACGACACAAUAGUACGAGACGAGAGUCAUCUUUCUGCAUUGGAUUCUCUUCUGGACUUAGUCAGAAACAUGUUUCCACAGAAUAUUGUAGAAGCAACUAUGUAUAGAUCUCAGACUGCAUUUGUCGUUGUUCGAAAGAAAAUUAUUAAAAAUGGUACUAUUGCUGAACCAGUUUUAUUGAGGAAAACCAUCAAACUGACUCAAGGAACCAAUAUUCUCGGACUAAUUGUAUUUUGCACUGGCUUUGGAAUAAUCAUUUCCAAACUAGGUGGGAAAGUGAAAGUGAUCGUUGAAUUCUUUAUCGUUCUCGAUAAAGUUGUCAUGAAGUUCAUUUCGGUUCUUAUGUGGUUUUCUCCAUUCGGAAUUAUCAGUCUGAUUGCUGCGAGUAUUCUGGAUAUUGAUGAUGUCUAUGUCAUGAUUACUACUAUGUUGUUAUAUUUAUUCACUGUCAUGACUUGCCUGUUCUUACAUUGUGUAGUGGCUAUCCCUGUUCUCUACUUUUUCAUCACCAAGAAAAAUCCGAUAUAUGUUGCUAAAGGAAUGAUUCAACCAUUUGUUACAGCAAUUGGUACUGCAUCAAGUGGAGCCUCGUUACCGCAAGCGAUCAGCAGUGUAGAAGAAAAUUUGCACAUUGACUCCAGAAUUGCUGGAUUCAUAAUGCCACUUGGAAAUACUAUCAAUAUGGAUGGAAAUGCUCUUUAUGAAGCAGUUGCUGUCAUUUUUAUUGCUCAAAUCAACAAUAUUCAUCUAUCAUUUGCACAAGUUAUCACUAUUUGCGUCACAGCAACAUUUGCCUCAAUUGGUCUAAAUGCAGUUCCCGCUGGGCUCGUAUCAAUGUUUGUCAUUUUGUCGACUGUCAAUCUUCCAGUUUCCGAUAUUUCUCUUCUAUUUACAGUUGAUUGGUUUAUUGACCGAGUCCGAACAGCACUCAAUGUUCUGGGAGAUGCCUACUGUGCUUGUGUAGUCCAACACUUCAUGGCGAGUGACCUUGCUCGUGAGAAAAACGAAAAACUUUUGGAUGAUCUCAAGCUAGAGGAAGGAAUAUCAGAAGACGCCAAUCGACCUGAUCAAUUGGAAGGAAAACGAAUGGUGAAAAGGGUCUCAUUCGUUGACUACCAUCAUAUUCCAUCUCCAUCAGUCCCACAAGUAUUCAAUUCUACGAAAACUUACUCUUUGAAAUCAGCAAUUAUUGGUCCCUUGAGAGCUCAUGUUGCUCUUCAGACACGUUUAUCUCAUUUAUCGGAAGAAUAA